UCCUCAGAUUCCGAACCCAAAAAGGUCCCAAAAACCAAAAAGAAAAGGGGAAAAAAAGAAAAAAAAAACACUUUCACCCAUCAUUUUCUCUUGUUGGGUUUUAGAGAACCCAAAAAAAAAAAAACCCCAGAGAAAAGGAACCAAGAAAGUUCUUUGCUUGCACUCUCAUUUUCUUUCUGCUGGGAUUUUUCGAUCAGCGACAACAUUGAGAUUUCAAUGGAGGUUUCUACAAGAGCUGGGACCCAUGAUUUCACCAUGGCCUCAAGAAAGGCUGAAGAAGCAGCUUGGAGGCGAUGCCAAGCUGUGGAAUGGCUCGAAAGCCAGGUGGGUCCGCUCGGAAUAUCGAACCAGCCUUCGGAGAGAGAAUUCAUUUCUUGCCUAAGAAAUGGUCUCAUUCUAUGCAAUGCCAUAAACAAGAUUCACACAGGAGCGGUUCCCAAGGUUGUGGAGAGUCAAUUUCCUAUACAAUCGCUCAACUGGGAAAUGCAACCGCUGCCCGCUUAUCAGUACUUUGAGAAUGUCCGCAACUUCCUGGUUGCUGUAGAAGACAUGAAGCUUCCUGCUUUUGAAGCUUCUGAUCUUGAAAGGGAUACAUUGGAAGCAGGGUCGGUGGCCAAAGUUGUUGAUUGCGUUUUAGGCCUUAAAUCUUAUCAUGAGUGGAAGAAAAUGAGCUGCGGCAAUGGAUUUCAUAAAUAUGCAAAAUCACCUUUGGCUAUGCAUUCUGCCAACAGGAUGCAUUCAAGAGCUUCGGCUGCAAUCCCAUCGGACUCUUGUAGACGAUUGGAUUUGUCUGCCACAUGUGACAGACAAACGCAAGCACCCUGUACGGGUGACAAUAAGAAGCUCGAAGGCGCUCUGGUAGAAUCUAUUGUCAAGCUGCUUGUAGAUUCUAUGGUUGGCACAAAGGAAAAUGUUGAUGACAACCUUAUCGCUUCCUUCCGUAAUGGAGCUUUGCAGGAUCCGGUCAAGCUAUUCAGCAAGAUCAUGUCAGGUUCUUUGAUAGAACAGCUCCAGAAAGAAUUGCCUGAGCUAUGUUCAGUGUUAAAAGAUUCAUUGAGAGGAAGUAGUAUCUCUCCAGCCCGCUCAACAUCUGAGCCUCUGGGAAAUUUAUCUGUGCUUGGAAAUACACGGCGCUGCAAAUCUUGUUCGAGAAUGGGUAAAUGUAACUGUCAUCACAAGGAAUUAUUUCAAAUGCAAGAAAAAGAACUGACAGAUCUCAAGGCCUUGUUGGUGAGAACAAAGGAUGAGUUUGAAGACCUACAGUCCCAGUUUCAGAGAGAUUUGAACUACUUAGGAACCGAGGUACAAGAACUGUCAACUGCCGCUCUCGGAUAUCACAAGGUGGUUAAAGAGAAUAGGGCUUUGUACAACAUGGUUCAAGAUUUGAAAGGUAACAUUCGAGUUUACUGCAGAAUUCGGCCGUCCUUCAACGGUGGCUCAAAAGGUGUAAUAGAUUUUGUUGGAGAGGACGGUUCACUAGUUCUGUUAGACCCAUCAAAACCUGGCAAGGAUGGAAGGAGAGUUUUCAACUUCAACAGGGUGUUUGGCCCCACUUCUACACAAGAUGAGAUUUUUAAGGACACUAAACCAUUAAUUAGGUCUGUCAUGGAUGGUUACAAUGUAUGCAUUUUUGCAUAUGGUCAAACAGGCUCCGGAAAAACACACACUAUGAGUGGUCCAUCAGGUGGUUCAACCACAGACAUGGGAAUCAAUUACUUAGCUCUCAAUGAUCUCUUCCAGAUAUCUAGCAAGAGAAAGGACAUCAUAAGUUAUGAACUUCAUGUCCAAAUGGUCGAAAUAUAUAACGAGCAAGUUCGUGACCUUCUUGCAGAAGAUUCAUCAACCACUAAAUAUCCUUUCAUACAGGCUUUAGAGAUCCGUAGCUGCACGAGUGAUAAUGGCUUGAGUCUGCCAAACGCUACAAUGCGUUCGGUGAAGUCCACUGCCGAUGUUCUCAAUCUCAUCAAGGUUGGUGAGGUGAAUAGAUUUGUCAGCUCCACUGCAAUGAACAACCAGAGUAGUCGUUCACACAGCGUCCUGACUGUACAUGUUCAUGGAAAAGAUGCAUCUGGUGACAAUCUCCGCAGUUGCCUACAUUUGGUAGACCUCGCAGGAAGUGAACGAGUGGACAAAUCCGAAGUCACGGGAGAUCGGCUCAAGGAGGCACAGUGCAUCAACAAGUCGCUUUCUUGUUUGGGAGACGUAAUUACGGCCUUGGCUCAGAGGAAUGCUCACAUCCCUUAUAGAAACAGCAAACUCACCCUUCUACUGCAAGACUCCUUAGGUGGACAUGCUAAAACGCUGAUGUUUGCGCAUGUUAGUCCGGAAGAGGAUUCGUUCGGUGAAACAAUUAGCACCUUGAAGUUUGCUCAGAGAGCUUCGACUGUUGAACUUGGUGCUGCUCGUUCAAACAAGGAAAGCAGUGAGGUUGUGCAACUGAAACAUCAGAUUGAGAGCCUCAAAAAGGCGUUGGCAAACAAGGAAGCACAGAAUGUACAGCUCAACAAAACAUGUGAGAAACCAAGAGCAAUAAUGGAGAGAACCCCUCCACGCCCUCGAAGACUGAGCAUCGAGAAUUGCGGCGCGGUGAAGAAUGAGAAAGAGAUGAAUCCUGACGACAGAAAGGGAUCCAAGACCCCCUCCGUGCCAAAUCGGUCAAGGAGAUCAAGCUUGGAAGGUCCGAGAUCUUUCAAGAAGGAUAAUCUAGAGAUAAAUGUGGCAGAUGAUAUGUGCAGGCCAAAGGCAAUGUUGGCACAGAAAUACGGUCAACCUCAAGAUGCCGAGGCUGCCACAAAGUCAUUUGGAAAUUUCAGCAGUGGAAGCUGUAUGCUAGAUAGUAGAACACAAAUUCCUUCUCUUCAGUUACCAAAGGAUCCUAGGAGUCCAACAAGUGCUACCUAUCAAAAGCGAGUAAAAAUGGAUAGUCGAACGCAGAUUCCUUCUUUUCAACUACCAAAGACACCCGAAGCGCAAAUAAGCUUCAAAAAUGAGGUUCAGAUUCUGAUGCAGAAUGAGCUAACCAUAUCUACUGAUUACCAGACACCUCAAGUGAUUAGUAGCACAAAUGGUAAAGGAUCCCAGAUUCGGAGAUCCUUGAGGACGAUCGGAAAGCUGAUUAAUGGAUCUGAGAAAAGGAACCAACAGAAUUUGAUGGAAGCACAACCAACCCUUAAAGUUGCAAGCAAUAUCAAUGAUGGGAAAUCACCAGUUACAACAAGUGCAAAAUCUCUAAGGAGGCAAUCACUAACCGGUAUCCAAUCGGGGUCGGACAGAAACCGAAGAUCUUCUCUUGGAGGGAAGCUAACUGACAACAAUCAUGCAAAGGACACUAGAAAUGCCAAGACACCUCCUCCUGUGCGCCAAUCAACAAACUUGACUCGGAGAUGGGUGUAAUGAGCUCAUACGACAAUAAAAAUACUGUAGUUGCGCUUCAACUUGAAGCUUUAGCUGACUUGCUAACAUUGAGUUAGGACAAAAACCAAAAAAUUGCCCAGAAAGGUUUUCUUACUCAUUAAGCAAUCUGUUGAUAGUGAUUCUCCUUGUAAUUACAAUAACAAAU